AUGGCCAACCAACCCCGUCCAAGCGUCGAAUUUGAUCUCGAAGAAGCAAUCAAGAGAAUCAAGCAACUCGAAGCUUCAACUGCUUAUCUCCGCCGACGAUACGACGAGCUCCACACUUCCUAUCGUCAGCAAGAACAAGAGCAUGAUCGAACCAAAGCUUUGAUGGGGCGAGAUAUACAACGAAUUGGGGAGCUCGAAGAAAUGGUGCGAAGACUGGGCGGUCAGAAUGAGGCGAGGGCUGCUGGGAUCCCGUUGGGUCACAGGCGGACGACUGAUGAGAUAUCCGCCACCAGCAGGAACUAG